AAGGGGCGCUGGCUGCGCGCAAUUACGCCAACAGCGGAAGGCAGCGCUUACUUCUCUUUUUCUGCACUUCCCUUCUCUGUCUGGCGCGCCCAGCUCUUGGGCUUCCCCGGGUGGGUUUCUCUUUUCCCACAAGCAGAUGUAGGCGAGGGCCCCGAUUCCAUACUUCCUUGGCAACUCCCAGCCAAGUACCCCCUUUUUUUGCUGCCUGACCUGUGCGCUGGGAAAACUCGGGAAGCGCCUGUUUUUUGCCCAGGCAGGGACUUUUUACGCGUCGCCUUUGUGUAUAGCUGCGUGGUUGAGUUUUGGGCGAGGAAGGGGAGAGGGUGGGUGCGUUGCUAAGUUUUUAUUUUAUUAGCUUGCAUGGGGGGUGCGAACAUUUGCUUGCAGACUCGAGAGCGUUUGGGACUAGGCGUUAUGUGCCAAAAAUGGUAAAUAGGAAGACGUACAAGGCCAGAGACAUCCUUACUUCUCAUACAAGUUGGAUAGCUGGUUAGAGCCUGGUGCUGAUAAUGCCAAGGCUGCAGGUUCGAUGCCCAUAUUGGACAGCUGCAUAUUCCUGCAUUGCAGGGGGUUGGACUAGAUCCUCAGGGUCUUUCCUAACUCUUAUGAUUCUAAGUUGGCAAUGAACUACACCUCCUCCUCUUUACUGUAGAAGUUAAGGCUUGAGGCAGGGGUGAGAGAGAAAAGCAGUCUAAAAAGGUAUUGUGGCUAUGGAAUAAUCCUCACUCAGUGUGCUUCAUUAUUUGGGUUGCGUGAUCAAGGAUGCAAAUGCCUGUGGUAUCCUAAUGUGGGUCACAAUUGCUUACUACGGUACAUUCUUUUGAGCACUCACACUCCCAGGUUAGUAUAGAGCACUGGCUGGCAGCAGAAUGGCUACCUGUUAUAUUUCCGCCCACAAGUAAACAGCAGCUUCAGGCGGUGAUUUUAAUUGAGAGGGGAGAAUUAACACUUCCCCCAUGCAGUUGUUUUCAGUCCUUAAAAAAAUGUGGGAGAUCUCAUUCACUGAUAUUCUAUCUGAUUUGGCCUGAGAGAAAGAGCUGUGUACAGUAUUAGGAAGCUGUUUGCUCAAAUUCAGCACUAUUGUUAGAUUAUAAUUUUGGAAGCCAUCCCAGUAAGCCUCAAACCUCAAGUUUUGCUCAGAGCCCUUGUAUGGCAGUGGGGUAGAGUACCAGCCAACCAGAAAAACAGACUAGCCGCUCAUUGGUUUUAUAUUAUCACUCUGUUAACAGUCAGCCAGCAUUCCGAGGCACACUCAAGCUCAGCCCUCAUUGCCUCUUAGGGUACUUUUUCCAUCAAAGUUUUUUUAUAUGCCUAGAAACCUUGAAGGUUCCCCCAAACCUGCCUGAAACUUUCCCUCUUGUGUGUGGCUCGUAAGAUUUUGCCUACAUAAGGAUCCACACUUGGAUAAGUGAGUUCUCUGUUAGUAUACAAUAAGCCUGCAACUUAUGUGGGAGUUAUGUUCCGGGCAUUGCGCCUGAAGCCAAAAUUGUGUAUAGUCAAAACCUAUUGGGUUCAAUGGCAGGUGGGAUUGCCAACAUCAUUUUUCACUGAACCUCACCACUUUAAUUUUUUUUAAUAAAUAAAAAUUAUCAAGUGUGUAAAGCUGAAUGCACACAAGUUAAAUGUGCAUAUGUUGCAGGCUUAUUGUAAAUGAGGAUGUAGCUACUUUAUACCAGGGGUCCCCAGACUACGGCCCCCAAGGCUCUUUUAUGUGGCCCCCGGGGACCCCCGCCGCUCGCUGCUACUGCCUCCCGCUCUUACCGGCGCGGUGCGACUGCCGACUUCCGACCCGGAAAAGUGACGGAAAUAGCUUGUGCGCACGUGCAUGCGUCAUUUCCAGUGUACUUCCAGGUCGAAGGAGGCUUCUGCACAUGCGCACAGGCUAUUUCCGCCGCUUUCCAGGUCGGGAGUGUGCCAGAUACAGCGUUUGCACAUGCGCAUGGGCGCGCACAGCCGCAUGCUCCCGCGCCCCUGCGCGUGCUCCCCCACCCUCCGGACCACCAUGCAACCGGCGUUGCGGCCACCCGGCCCAAAGCCGGGUAAGUUUUGGGACCCUUGCUUUAUACUAUUGCCAAUGCCUGGGCUGUCUACUCUGGCAGUGGCUCUCCGAGGUCCCAUUCAGGUCUGCACCCUCCACCUGAUCCUUUAGCCAAAGAUGCUGAGUAUUGAUCUGGGACCUUCUAUAUAGUAAAAAGCAUGAACUCUGUCACUCUAAGCUACAACCAUUUCCCCAAAGAGAUUCUGCAGAACUUUGCCUUGAUACUAUCAGUUCCGUGUUAUGCUGCUGUCGCACAGUAGAAGAACUCACAGUUUCCAUAAUAAGGUUAAGGUGGGGUUUUUUUUUUUUUUUACAGAACACCUUAAAAUAAAACGGUAGUUUUCAAUGCAGUAGAAGUUGUCGCUUUGAACUUGCCUUGCCAUAUGCCAGACCCAGGGUAGCCAUUGUGUUGGGCUAUUAACUCCCACCAUCCCUAACAAUUGACCUUGUUGCAGUUGACAACACCUGGAGGAAACCAUGCUGGCUCUCCGUGUCCUACGCAAUAAACAUUUAUACAGUGGUACCUCUGGUUAAGAACUUAAUUCAUUCUGGAGGUCCAUUCUUAACCUAAAAUUGUUCUUAACCUGAGGUACCACUUUAGCUAAUGGGGCCUCCCGCUGCCGCCACACGAUUUCUGUUCUAAUCCUGAAGCAAAGUUCUUAACCCGAGGUACUGCUUCUGGGUUAGCAGGGUCUGUAACAUGAAGCGUCUGUAACCCAAGGUACCACUGUAGACGCUUCUGGCACAGGGACACUCCACAUAGGAUCAGCCCAUGCAAUUGAAGAAGAGCUACAGAAUAUUGGAAGUUUGAGUGCUGGGGCAGAAAAUCAGCCUCAAGGGCAAGAAGUGUGGGGAUACCGAGCCCCUAAUAUGAAACAGCUGCAGGAUUUUUAACAGACUUUUAGUGGACACCUUAUAGAAGCCUUUAAAGAAAAGAAGUGAGCUUGGGUGUGGCAUGCAAAUGCUCAGUCAAAAUAGGCAGGCUUUUGUAGUUUCUGUUCCUCGCUUCUGAAAUAUCAGAAUCCAAAGUCCAGGCUUUCUAGACCGCUCCCUUUCUGACAGGUGUACCUAAAGCAGCUCAGUCCCGUGCCUUUGCCUCAAAGACAGAGAUAGGGGACCUGCGGCACUUCCAUUGGGAUUGGACAACAGCUCUCAUAAUACUUGGCUAUUGACUGUUAGUUGGGGCUGAUAGGAGUUGGAGUCCAACAGCAUAUGGAGGGCCACAGGUCCCCCCCCCAAGAACCAACUCCUAGAGGCCGUGGUGUCUUCACCCACCCCCAAUAAAAUAUUUGAGGGGGCUGUGACCCCCCCCCAAGGUUCAUGGGCACUGACAUUCAAAUGGUGUGUGUGCACACCAUGUCUUGUGAUCAAUUAUGUACCAAUAUUUUUUUCAAGUUGGUGCCCCUGCUCCCCACCACAGCUCAAAGAUAAGGCCUCUUCUGAAAGCCUGAAAGGCAAUGCAUCUACAGUGGUACCUCUACUUACGAAUAACCCUACUUACGAAUGUUUCUACUUACGAAUGGAGCUCCGUCCGCCAUCUUGGAUGCUGUUUAGAUAGGAUUUUUUCUACUUACGAAUUUUUUCUCCCAAUGCAUUCCUAUGGGAUUCGACUUACAAUUUUUUUCUACUUACAAAUGUGCGUUUGGAACGAAUUAAAUUCGUAAGUAGAGGUACCACUGUAUUUCUAAUCUGAUUUAUCAACCUCUACCCGUUACACAGGGACCCAGGUGGCGCUGUGGUUAAACCACUGAGCCUAGGGCUUGCUGAUCAGGUCGGCGGUUUGAAUCCCUGUGACGGGGUGAGCUCCCGUUGCUUGGUUCCAGCUCCUGCCAACCUAGCAGAUCGAAAGCAUGUCAAAAUGCAAGUAGAUAAAUAGGAACCGCUACAGCGGGAAGGUAAACGGCGUUUCCAUGUGCUGCUCUGGUUUGCCAGAAGCGGCUUUGUCAUGCUGGCCACAUGACCUGGAAGCUGUACGCCGGCUCCCUCGGCCAAUAAUGCAAGAUGAGCGCGCAACCGCAGAGUCGGUCACGACUGGACCUAAUGGUCAGGGGUCCCUUUACCUUUUACCUUUACCCGUUACACAGUUUGAAAUUUAGGGACUCCCUAGACAUCCUUCCUAUUCUACACUCAUGGUGAUUUGUGUCCGUGAUGGUAUUGGAGUCAUUAUACAUGAUCCUGCUAUUUGAGCCUUCAAAAAUUUCGGGAUGGGCAUACUACUUCAUUUCCAAUCAGUGCAUGCCCUACUGAAACCCUGGUGACUUUUCAUGCAACAAACGUUCUGGUGUUUUGCUUGGUUUUUGUCCUGCUUUCAUUGCACUAUAGUGAAAGAGCACCCCCAUCCAGACAGAAAUCAAGUGGUAACAUUGGGGAAGCGUCGCAGAACAACUAAUAAAGCAGAAGGGGUGUGUGGACAGUCCAAUAUGAGUCCACUAUUAAUACAAUACACCAGAACUGCAUCAAUAAAGAGACCCUGAUUUGACUGAUGUACUUCUGCCUUUGCCAACUUAAUGAGGCAAGGGAAAUGCCAUUUCUCUCUUUGGAAGAGCACACGCCUGGCAUGCAAAUGUCUGAAACCCUAGAGAGCUGUGGUCUACCUGUGUAAUGAGCUAGAGGAACCAAUGGCAUAACUUUGCAUAAAGAAGCUGUAAGGCUUCUUUUGGCAAGGCGUGCUUUUGUCACCCUAUAUUUACACAACAGUUUCAUAAGCAGACAGCUAUCCAUGAUGUUGGUUUUUCUGGAACACUAGCAAUCAAGACAGGCAUUUGCAUCCACCAGUACAGAGGUAAAUGUAGAUUUUUCUUCUUCUAUCAGGUACAAACUGACCUUCUGCACUGAUGCCAGCAGAAAGUAAACUUACUGAGGGGAAACAUGGUAAUUUAAAGUAACCCCUCGGGUUUUUUAGGGUGCCUGCCUUAAAGCCGGAGGUCAUUUCUGAGGAAAUGGAAGGGCAAGGGGCUAGAAUAAAAUGUUUGGAGAUGAUGAUGAGCUUCCUUUCUGAUUUUGAGUUACCUGGAAGUGAUGGGAGGCAGGGGAAGCAACCAAAUGAGCUUCUUUCAGCCUUUAAACCAGGCAUCCCCAAACUGUGGCCCUCCAGAUGUUUUGGCCUACAACUCCCAUGGUCCCUAGCUAACAGGACCAGUGGUCGGGGAAGAUGGGAAUUGUAGUCCAAAACAUCUGGAGGGCCGAAGUUUGGGGAUGCCUGCUUUAAACAUUCCACACUAGCAACUGUCUCCAAUUUGGCCUUUCAGCUGAAAUGCCUGAUGGUGGUCAUGGGGAGACCUAAAAUGUGGGAUCUGAGAAAAGCAGCGCAAAGGAAGUCCUUUUCCAAAAAGAGGCCGACACUAGGCUUCCUACCUUCAUCACAGAAUGGUUCAUAGAAUCAGAACUGUAGCAUUGGAGGGGAACCCAAACGUCUUCUAAGUGCAACCCCCUGCAAUACAGGAAUCUCCGCUAAAGCAUCCAUAACAGAUGGCCAUCCAACCAUUGCUUUAAAACCUCCAAGGAAGGAGAGUCCACCACCUUCCGAGAGAGACCGUUCCCCUGUUGCAUGCCAUUUCUCAACCUUGUGGUCAGUCUUUUGGCUGGUUGACUUUCCAGUUUUGUGACUUCUCAUUUGCAAGUACAUGCUUCUUUUUUCACUUUUUGUUUACAAAAUGGCAUGAACUGCCAACAGUAAAUCAAAAGAUCUCCUUUGCACCAUUUUUCUUUUCUUUUUUUCUUUUUAAAAAGGGGGGGGGGCUGGGAAAAUCUGAACAGGGUCCCUGAUCUGUAAAUACUGCUUCUGUUUUCCUGACUGCCUGAUGUUUCGUUAGUUAUUAAUGUGUCAUUAAUAUGGUGGGGCGGGGCAGGGGGGUUCCGUUGCUGUGUGCUUUCUAGGAAGAAGUGAGGGUAAGCUGUUGUAUGGUAGGGGGCUCUGAAAUGGUUGUAUUGUCGCACUGAUAAUACAGUAAUACCUCUGCGAAUGUCCGCCCUGUCGACCGUCCAUUUUGGCGAACGUCCGCAGCAAACCUGGAAGUACCGGAACGGGUUACUCCCAGGUUUGCCGCUUGCGCAUGCCAGAGCAGCGCUUUGUUGAGCGUCCCUUUCGUCGAGAGUCUGGGGCUCUGGAACGGAUCCCGGACUCAAACCAAGGUACCACUGUAGUGCUGAGAAAUUAAUAAACCUAACAUUUAAGGAGAAUUACUUUGGCAAUAUAUAAAAACAAUGAAAUAAUUCUUUUUCUUCUUCUGUUUUUAGGACAGAAUGAUGUACCCUCUUAGAUCAGAGCUGUCAAUCACCCCUACAUGUUGCAAGCUGUAAAGGGACAGUUUGCAUUAACCAUGACUCUUCUUGCUACUGCUCUGUGGUGUUGCAGGCAACUCUAUACAUAUAUUGCUCAUUUGCUAAAAUGGUGGAGCAGAUACCUGCAGAGAAAAUUCACAAAUAACCAAAGUGUUUCAGCCGAAGCUGAUUUGCUUGGCUACUGUGCAAAAGAAUGGAAAGAAGAAACAGAGCAGGCCAAACAUAUGAGAAAGGCUUAUGAAGAGUUGUUUUGGAGAUACCAUGUGAAAUCUGUACGGCAGGUCAGCGGAGAUAACUACUGUGUGCUGAGAGCUGUGUUGUUCCAGAUUUUCAGCCAAGGUAUUCCUCUUCCAUCGUGGACAAAGGCAACAGAUGUCCUAAAGCUCCCGGAGAAACUUCUUUAUUCGCAAGGCUGCAACUGGAUCCAGCAAUAUAGUUUUGGAUCAGAACAGUACACAGGCUCCAAUACACUGGGAAAAUUGCGUAGAUGUAUUGAAACGUUGAGAAGCCAGUGGAUGGAAGUGAGUAGCAUUAAAGACCAAUAUGAAAGAGGGAACUUGUGCAAUGCCCUUUUCGCUGACGAAAGUUUGGAGCACAAACUGUACGAGGCCAUAAAAUUCAUCAUGCUCUACCAAGUAAUAGAAGCCUACGAAUGCUUGAACAGAAAGCAAGAGUGCAUCCCAAGGUUUUUUAACCAGCUUUUUGUACGCGAUACCUCCUUGGACCCUUUGAGCUACAUGAUGAAUCACUUGAAUGCCAUAGGGGAGAGAAGAGGCCUCGAUCAGGUCGAACUGUUUCUCCUUGGGCAUUCUCUUGAAGUCAAGAUAACCAUUUACAGGUUGUGCAAGUUUAAUUCAGCCGUUUCCCAAGAAAGCUACGCAGAAAUGUAUCAGAGGGACUGGCCGGAAGUCUUUCUUCUGACUGAAGAUGACCGUCACUAUCACAUCCCUAUUAUCAGCAUAUAAAUCUAAUUUCUGGGGAUGCUGUCAGAACUGCCUGCCAUCGGAUCUCCCUUCUGAAGAACCAUAAAAUAUCCAAACCUUUUUUUUUAAUGAGUGACUCUAAUGCCACGCUUAAAACUAUGAUCCAGGCCAUUUCUCAGCUUAAGCUACCUCACAAGUUGUGAGGGUAACAUGUUAUAAGCCCAUAUAUUAUACUCUCAAAGUCCCACCAGCAGCAUAUGCCUAUUGAUAAACAUCUUGGGUAAUGGUACAAAUUGGAUGUGAGGGUCAGUUCAUACAAUAUUGGUUUUAUGUGCUUUUUAAGAUCGGAUCACAAUGGGUAUAUCACACAGACUUAUAAACCAAUAGCCAAACUAGCUCUGUGAGGGAAGUGGGAAUUUGACACAUAAUUCUCAACAAUAUCACCCACUUAAACUUUGCAAGGAAAUCAUAUAGUGGCAUUGGUAUAAAGCCGGUAUUAAUUUGCUAAUGUAAAUGGGCACUUUGAGGCUGUGAUCUACGGACAGCUCAGUUUUACUUAUAUCAAUCAGUAUCGAUUGAUAACUAUACAGUCUCCAGUGUGGCCAGUCCUGCUUAUUUAACAGAAAUAAGGCCCUGCAUUGGGACUGCAGAAAGCCAUGGUGUGUCAAGAAACAUCACCGUAUUCUUUAAAGCUACUUAUUUGCUUUGCAGUUAAAGGACCUUGUUAUACAUCCCACUGUAAAAAAAAAAGGGGGGGGUUACCAUUGACUAUACGUACUUUCAAUCUUGUCUCCUUAGCAACCCAAGUUGUUUGCACGUGUAUUUUCCACAUUUACACAGUUCCCUCUGUGCGAAAUGGUCCAGAGGCAACAAUUAACAUUGGCUCACAAAAAUAUGGCAGACAGGUAUUGGGUUGCUGGGAAGAGCCAUUUGUGUUAACUCUGCUCAAGCACAUCACUUCCACUGCCUAUAGCUGACCCAGAAUGCCAUGGGAUUUGAUAGGUCAUUACUGCUAGGAUGGUUAUGUUGUACGUAGUAGUUUUGAAUAGGAUGCCUUAGAACAGGCAUCCCCAAACUUCGGCCCUCCAGAUGUUUUGGACUACAAUUCCCAUCUUCCCCGACCACUGGUCCUGUUAGCUAGGGAUCAUGGGAGUUGUAGGCCAAAACAUCUGGAGGGCCGCAGUUUGGGGAUGCCUGCCUUAGAAUAUCCUAUGUGGUAGAAUUCAGAGCAUUGCAUUCGGCCAUCAUCAGAGCUGUGCAUAUGCACCAGAUUCUGUGGCAAGAAUAGGAAAAGCCACCUAAGUAAAUUUGCAUAGUUCUGUGAUUUGCACUGUACUGCAUACUAUUUUCUGGUUUUGCCUGCCAUUUAGAAAGCCAAAGAGUUGCGCAAGGCACUGCUGCCAUAUUGCUAGCCAAUGGAAAUGCCAUAUUGCUAGCCAAUGGAAAUCUUAUUAAACUGCCCCAGUAACUGCUGAAAUCUCA